AACUCCUAGCAUUUUAUCAUCUCACACCAUCUCCAAAAGCAAGAAACCUCAAUGGAGCCUUCAAUCAAUGUUGAAUGUGAAGCCCAACCCACAAUCUCUCCUUCUUCGUCUUCCUCUACUUCUUCUUCUUCUUCUUCUUCUUCUUCUUCUUCUUCAUUAACACAAUUCAGGUCCCAGAAGACCUCUAAAACCAGUGGUAGAGAUAAUGAAAGCAGAAGAAGAGUGGUUAAUGAUGGGAACCAUCCAACUUAUAGAGGAGUAAGAAUGCGUCAAUGGGGGAGAUGGGUUUCAGAAAUAAGAGAGCCGGGGAAAAAAUCGAGAAUUUGGCUAGGGACUUAUGCAACUCCUGAAAUGGCCGCUCGAGCUCAUGAUGUUGCCGCUCUUACAAUUAAAGGCCACUCUGCUCACCUCAAUUUCCCAGAGUUAAUUCAUCAACUGCCCCGUCCGGCCUCUUCAUCUCCCAAGGACAUACAAGUUGCAGCUGCUAAAGCAGCUUCUCAAAGCUACGCUGUAACUCAUCAACUCGAACAUCCACACUCCCCAGCAAGUACUGUUGCUUCUCAAGAAUCCUCAAACUCUCCAUUCUAUAAUAAUAAUAACCACGACGAUGCAUUCUUUGAUCUUCCCGAUCUCUCACUCGAUGGAAUUCAUCAUAUUGAUGAGUUUUGGGACUUUGUUGUGUGGCAAGCUGCUGAUUCUGGACUCUGGUAUGAACAGGAGCCUUUCUUGUGGAACUAACUAGUUCAUCUUUAGUCAAAUCAAGUCAAUAAUUAAGUUAUUGGAUGUCUUAGGAUUUACCCAAAAGUUAUGCCCAACUUCUGGAGCUUAACUACCGUUCAAGAGUUUAUGUACAAAGUAAUUCUUUUUAAGUUCAAUAUUUGAAAUGAACGUACAUUUAUGUCCAA